AGCACAUCCCAGCCUUUUGUAGUUUUCCCAAACCUGAGACAAUGGAUUGGCCACUUCCAGAAGCAUGCAGAAGGGUUUUUGAUUUCACCAAUUUAAACAGUAUUCAAGCCCCCAUAUGCCAAGAGGUAUUUCAGACGAACAAUUCGUUGGUUGUUUCUGCACCUACCGGCUCGGGAAAAACUGCGGUUUUUGAAUUAGCUAUUGUGAAGCACUUGAAUGAUUAUGAAAAUUCUUUUCAAAAGGACCCUUUUCUUAUUAUUUAUAUUGCACCAAUGAAAGCAAUAUGUUCACAAGUUUCCAGAGAAUGGAAGAUAAAGUUUUCCAGUUUUCCACUGUGUUGCUUAACUUCGACAGGGGACUCUGAUGUUGUAGACAUCCAAAAUAUUGGCAGUGAAGUUUUGCUCAUAACAACACCGGAAAAGCUUAAUGCUACGAUAAAAUCUUUCAGAGAAGUCUCCGAGAUUUGGCAGAAGCUGAAACUGUGUUGCAUUGACGAAGUUCAUUUGUUAGGAGAGUCCGAAAGGGGAUCAGUACUCGAAGUUCUUAUAACAAGAAUCAAAAUGUUAUCUCGUCCUCGAUUUGUUUGUGCUUCUGCUACACUAUCAAAUGUGCAAGAUAUUGCACAAUGGUUAACUGUUCCAGAAAGAACUGUUUCUUUCUUUUCAUUUGGGGAGGAAUUCAGAAUGUCACCGGUCAAGAAGAUGGUCAUUGGUUAUAUGCGCCAGAAGAAUCAGUCUUUAUUUCAGUUUGAAACAAGCUUAAGCUACAGGAUUCCUCAGCUAAUAAAUACGUACUCAGCCAACAAACCUGUUCUAGUUUUUUGUACAACUAGAAGUGGCACUGUUCGAACUGCGAACGACAUUUUGAAGGGAGCUAGUUUCGUGGUUAACAAUGAAGUCAUAAUGCGAAGACUCCAAUAUGCACAGGAUAUCAAGAAUACACACUUAAAAGAAUCUAUGCUAAACGGUGUUGCCUAUCAUCAUGCUGGUAUGGAUGCCGAGGACAGAAAAAUUAUUGAAGAUGCUUUCAUAUCCGGUUGUUUAUCUGUACUAACAUGCACUAGUACACUUGCAAUGGGUGUUAAUUUACCAGCACAUUUAGUAAUUAUAAAAAAUACUGAACAAUAUAUUGAUGGUGAUUUAGUCGGGUAUAAUUCAACCCAGAUAUCACAAAUGGUUGGAAGAGCAGGUCGUCCACAGUUCGACGAUGAAGGUAUUGCAAUUAUAAUGACAUCCAGUAAUUUAAAAAUGCAUUAUACAACACUGUUAAAUACAUUUGAUGAAAUCAACAGCUGCUUGAAACCACGUCUCCUACAUCAUUUACUAUGUGAAAUCAUUCUAAGAACGGUGUAUGAUUCUGAGAGUAUUUUGAAUUGGAUCAAAAAUACAUUCUUUUAUGUUCGAUUAAAGAAAUUUCCACAAAUAUACGGUUUACCAGUAAACUGUAGUGAAAAAUUAAUAGAUCAGUAUGCUCAAGGUCUAUGCUCUAAAGAAGUUAAUCACUUAGAAGAAUUGAAAUUAAUCAAAUACGAUUCAGAAAAUAAUGAAAUUAAUGCAACGGAACUAGGUGAAUUAAUUUAUAAACAUAACUUGGAAUUCGAUACACUUACGAAAAUGUAUGAAUUAACUGGAGAUGAAACAAUUGAAGAUUUGUUAUAUUUUAUUGCCAGUUGUCCAGAAAUAAAAGACAUUAGACUAAGGCAUUGUGAAAAGUCAGCGUUGAAUAAUAUUAGCAGAGCUAAAGGCAGAUUUAGUUUACGGUUUCCAAUUAAAUCAAGAAUUAAAAGUAUCCCAUUGAAAGUUGUUUGCCUGCUACAAGCACAACUAGGACAAGUGACGCUGAAUGAUUAUUCAUUGAAACAAGAAAGUGAAAAGAUAAUUCAAUCAGCUUCACGUAUUUUAAAUGCUUUAGUAGGCUUAUUAUGGCUUCAUGAAAUUCCGACAACAUUAACAUUAGAUCAACAAUUAAACAGUUUAAAAAUUCCACCAAUUGCCUUAAAAUAUCCAUGUAUACUAAAUGCAUUGGAAUUACGUAAAUCUAUUCAGUUUGGACGUUGGUUAAAUUUUCCAUUGAUAAAUUUGUACAAUUCAUCUUUAUUGUCUGAUACAGAAAUUGACAAAUUAAUUCAAGCAAAUAUACUCACUACUAAUGCUAUACGACAAGCUGGUUGCAAGAAAUUAGAAAAUAUUUUAAAUAGAGAAUCUCCGUUUGGAUUGAAAUUGUUAGAAUUCUUGGAUAGUAUUCCGAAAUAUGAAGUGGAUGUAGAACAGCUACCAAUUAGAGGUACAUUCACCAUUGAAUUAGUAUUUACAAUAAAACAAAGUGUUAAAUGUGCAAAGGAUACUGCAGUCUUAUUGGUUGGCGAUGCAAAUAAAUAUUUACUUGGUAAAUGGUUAUUAGAAUGGACGAAUUUCGAGGAGUCUGGCAUAACUACUAAACACCUACAUCUUGCAAAUGAUGAAAAAUUGAAUCCGUUAAGUAUAAGUUUAUGUAGUUUACACUAUGGUGGUGUUGAUCUGCAUACAAAAUAUCAUUUCAUUUCUAUGUCAGACAUGCAUAGCUAUAUGAAUUCAUCAUCAGAGUUAUAUAAUAAAGAAAUUUCGACUGAAAAAGAAUUAUCUAUCGGUUAUACAGAGCUUACAACACAGAAUAACUCGUCAACAGUGAAUACUAUGGAAAAUAUAAACAAUAUUAAUAAUAACAAUAACAAUGUCCAUCCUCAUGAUAAAUUUAACCUAUGGCCAGCUCCUGUUUCACAGCCAUCGCAUAUCAUUCACCCACUUGACAGUAAUAAUAACAAUGGCAGUAAUAAGCUAGUCGACCUGGAACUACCCUUUACCCCAAUUGCCAAUAAAAAAAUGUCACUUCAUCAAAGUGAAAAUACAAAGAAACGCAAAAUGAAUAUUCAAUCAUUUCAGAACAAAAUGCAAUCAAAAUAUAGUGGACAGUGUUCCUUCACAUGGACACCAACUUGUCAAGCUGAUAAACGAACACCGAAUACGAUGACAGAGAAGUCAACCAAUACUCCUUUAGUACAAAGAUCUAUGCUUGAUUAUUUAGAAAUAAAUAAUAAGAUUUCAAAAUCAGAACCUUCUAAGAAGUAUAAUUCUAUAGAAGAAAUGAAUAAAACGUUUACUCUUGACACAGUAGACACAGAUAAUUCAAUUAAGAAAUCUAGUCGUAAACGAUUCAAAUGGGAUCCAAAUAUUCAAACUGGUAUGGAUUUGGAUUCAAGUCAAAGUUUGUCAAAUUCAACAUUUACUCUUACACCAGUAUUAGAUGACAGUGAUUCAAUGAUGGAUGCAUCGCAUAUUACCAAUAUUCUAAUGAAAGACAAUACACCUGAAUUCAUAAACAGAACAUUUACACCACGAAAAAAUGACCCACUGUCAAUGUCAUGUCCACCGAUUUCUUCUUCUACUACAACAUUAAAACAAUUCAAAUAUCCACCAAUAUCCUUUAAUAAAAUUACAUCAAUACAAAGUGAUGUAGGAAGCGAAAUUGAAAAGUACUCCCCACCGUAUAAUCAUUCAAAUGAUUCGAAUAAUUUAAAGCCGAAUGAAGUCACUUUGAACCAGGAGGUGAUUUCAACACCUCAACAAGCAGAACAAAAUCAAUUAUGCGCAUAUCAUACACCAUGUCAAUAUCGAACACCUGAUUAUCGUCCUCCCAACUACAGUGACAUUAUUCGAAGAGAUAUGCUAAAAUCGAAUCUAUCUUCUGUAUCACUGCCAGCAAUAGAUGAUAAUAGUAGUAAUAAUACAAUAGACUGCUAUAAUACUCCAAAAACUGUCAACAAUUAUCUCUGUUAUACAAAAGGUAUAAAUUCACAAAAUAAUAGUAGUAUAAUAACUACGCAGAGUAUAUUAACACCAGUAAUGAAUUCAAAUGAACACAAUAAAUUUAAAAUUCCCAGUUAUUCUGUUGUUUUAAAAUCAAGUCAAACAAAUAAAUCCAGAAUGAAGUUUGAUUCUUUUACACCACCGGAAAGAAUAACAUGGUCAGAUAAUAAUACUAAUCUGCGUCAAAGAAUAAUUCAGCAUUCAAUAAAUCAUGUUGACGACGACAGUCAAUGCGAUGAAAGUCAAGAGAGUUUAAUUCAAGAUAAACUGCAACAAAAAGAACAAGAACAACAACAUUCGUGUGAUGAAUUACAAAUAUUACAAGAAACAGACAGAGACAUUUCAGUAGAUUAUAGUCUGAUAAAUGAUGGUUGGAGUGAAUUAGCUUGUCUAAUAAAGAUAAGUAAAUUAGGCUUAUUGGACAUUGAUCAUACACUGAACGAAGAAGAAACUGUUGAAGAUUCUUCCAAGUCGAUAGAAGAAACUAACGAUUGUAUUAGUACGCUGGAAGAAGAAAUUCCAUACCGUAAACGUGUAUGCCAUAGCGCACCACCUACACCGAAUCCUAGGCUAGUGAAUAUUGAAAAGAUCAAUUUAUACGAAACACCACCGGCUCAAUCUACCACUACCACGGAAGAAUAAUAACUAGUAAUACAAAAAAAAAAUCAAUAUUAGCCUUUUUGAAACAAUAAGCCAAUUCAAUUAUUGCGACUUUUAUUAUAAUUAUAUUGUU